UAACACUCAGAGUGUUGAAUUUACACCCUGCAGUGUUUAUUUAAGUCAGUUGGACACAAAUGAACACUCUGGGUGUUAAUUCAACACUAGAGAUUUUACUGUGUAAUUUCUUUAAUGGUUAGCUGAUGGUUCGGAAUGAUAUUUGUAGUGGAAACCAUUAGAACUUCUAUGAUGGUUUCUUUUUUUUUUCAGCAGGAGUGUAAUGUAAAGCACACCACCCUUAAUUAUAAUGGAGCAUUAUUAAGAUCGCAGCUUUGCAAGUAUAUUAGGGAACAGCAUGACCUCUUUUCUAAGAGAACACUUAGAGAGAUAAAAACAACAUAUUGGCCAGAAGGGAUGAAGCUCGCGCGCGACCUGAGAACACACAGUGUGCACGCGCUCUAGCUGAACUGACGGAGUAUUUGAUCCCCCAUGUCCAGCUCAUCCAUCAUCUGACACACAGAAGGUCAGGACUAGUCAGGAUCACGAUUAGUAUUGGUUUUCUGAACCGCAGAGGAAGACAGCGUCUGACAAGGAGACCAGUUUUGGGGGAUUUAUCCACACGAUUCCCACCAUCACGGGUGCACACACCUCGGCAUCAUCAAGGUAACUGAUACAGAGGAAACAGGAGCGCAACCAUGUCAUUGUAUCCGUCUUUAGAAGACCUGAAGGUGGAUAAAUUUAUUCAGGCGCAGAACACUCCUACUGCCAGUCCAUCCAAAGCCCCACCCCUGGCACUCUCUGAUUCCGCCUACGAUCAAUCUAGCCCCGCCCAUAGUGGGUCAAAUGUGGAGGAAAUUGGAACAGAUGCCUCUGGAAGUUUAUAUCCUCAGCUGAGUGAGUUUAUGGGCCUGAAUCUUAGUAUUGAGGCAAUAAAAGCUUUUUCUUCUGGAGUCCCUGAGCAAAGUAGCGGAGCUCUAAGUGUUCAUUCGUCUGGCACAAACUGGACAGUUGCUCCUGUAACUGGUAAUGAUAUGGGAGUGAAGAGGGCUGAGAUUCGGCAGGGCGUUAGAGAGGUGGUGAUCUGUAAAGACAUGGAUGGCAAGAUCGGUCUCCGCCUCAAAGGCAUAGACAAUGGGUUGUUUGUACAGCUAGUACAAGUGAACACUGCGGCAGCAUUAGGAGGGCUUCGCUUUGGUGAUCAGAUUCUGCAGAUCAAUGGAGAGUCCUGUGCUGGAUGGAGCAGUGACCGUGCACACAAGGUUCUGAAGAAUGCCAGUCCUGAGAGAAUAACGCUAGCAGUACGAGACAGGCCACUGGAGCGUGCUGUCACUCUGCAUAAGGACAUGAGUGGGCAGCUUGGCUUCCUCUUUAAGAAAGGCAGAAUCACGUCCAUAAUGAAGGACAGCUCUGCAGCUCGUAAUGGACUGCUCACUGACCACCAAAUCUGUGAAAUCAAUGGACAGAAUGUGAUUGGACUGAAGGACUCUCAAGUGUCAGACAUCCUCAACACUAGUGGCAAUGUUGUGACUGUAACUGUGAUGCCAGUGAUCAUCUUUGAACACAUGAUGAAAAGGAUGUGCAACAGCAUUGUGAAAUCGCUAAUGGACCACUCCAUUCCUGAGGUGUGAUAUGGACCGACCCUCACCUGGCUCAGAACGGGCUUGCUUUCUCGUGCACUACAGCUUAGACGAAGUGGCGUACACAUGCACAGUGUUUGAUUUUGAGCAGUUUAUACAAUACAAGAAGUAAAAAGUGAGAGACA